AUGGCUUGUCGAGGGGAUUUUAAUGUAGUUUUGCAUGAAGAUGAAGAAGAUAGUGGGAUUCCAAUCCAACCUCAAGACUAUGAAGAUUUUGCUUUCGUGGAAAUUCGUGAAUCGAUGGAAACCAAUUUCAAAGGCGCUCAUUUUACUUGGUGGAAUGGUAGAGGGGUUGAUCGCAUCUUUGAGAGGUUGGAUAGAGUUUUCAUUAAUCAACAAUUUCAGCAAUGGUUUAAACUAAAGCAUAUAAAAAAGAUUCUGUCUGCAUGGAACAAGGAAGUUUAUGAGGAUAUUUUCAAGCAGCUGAUUAUUAGAGAAGAAAUUGUGAGGAUCAAAGAAGAACUUUUUCAAGGGAUCCUUCUCCUUGAACAGAAUAGUACUACAACCAAGACAGUCGAACUAAAGAAGUAUUUGCAUUUUGAAGAGAAUUUUGGAGAGAAUGCUAAUGUUACUUGGUUUGCUGAAGGGGAUAGAAAUACUGGAUUUUUCCAUAAUCUGGUAAAUGGUACAAGGAAGAGGUUACAAAUUAAAAGAAUUCAGAAUUCAAGUGGAGAUUGGGUAGAAGAUGCUGAUCAAGUGGCAGUGGAGGCUGAAGAAUUUUCAAAAAAUAAUUUUCUCAGGAGCAAGAAACUACAGAUUUCAGCUUACUUAACCAUGCACUUUUUUUCAGGCUUGUUGGCAUAUUGUUGUCCAGAUGUGCUUAAUGUGGUUAAAGCCUUUUAUGAAGGUCACACUCUUCCUAAAUCCAUCACUCAUACAAAUUUGGUUCUUUUACCAAAAAAGCAAGAUGUUCAUACUUAUGCAGAUAUGAGGCCAAUCAGCUUGAGUAACUUUAUCAAUAAAGCUAUAUCAAGAUUGGUUCAUAGUAGAUUGGAGGGCAUCUUGCCAAGGCUUGUUUCACCAAAUCAAUCUAGUUUUGUGAAGGGGAGAAGCAUUAUUGAGAGUGUUCUUCUAACUCAGGAAAGAGUCACAGAUAUAAGGAAGAGAGGAAAACCAGCAAAUGUAAUCAUCAAGUUAGAUAUAGCAAAGGCCUAUGAUAGGGUGUCUUGGUUGUUUUUUAUCAUAAUUCUUCACAAGAUGGGCUUUUCAGAUGGUUUUGUGGAUAUGAUUUGGAGACUUAUAGCUAACAAUUGCUUGUUUGAUGAUCCAAUGUAUAGAGGUUUUGGCAUGCCUAAAUGGAGUACAGAUCUAAAUCAUCUGGCAUAUGCAGAUGACACCAUAAUCUUUUCCUCAGCUGACAGAUACUCAUUGAAAUUAGUAAUGGAAGUUUUGCUAAAUUAUGAGACUGUCUCAGGGCAAAGAAUGAAUAGAGAUAAGAGUUGUUUUUACAUGUAUAAAACCUGUGCAAUGAGACUAGUUCAAGAUGUGACACAAAUCACUGGUUUUACAAGAGGUGAGUUUCCAUUCAAGUAUCUGGGAUGCCCAAUUUUUCAUAGCAGAAAGAAGAAAGCAUAUUACAAUGAUCUGAUAAAGAAGGUGAAAGACAAGCCUGCAAUUGAAAGGCAAGUUGAUGUCUUUGAGAUUAAUCAAACAAUUUCUAAAUGGUGGACAGCAAAAUGUGGAGCUCAGUUGAAACCUAUCUAUCAGGCUGCUCCUGCAAUCAUAAUGUGGCAGAUAUGGAAAAUAAGGAACACUAUUAUUCAUAGAGGGGUUAUGUCAAGAAAUAAGGUGAUAUUUGAGAUCAACAGGAAUUUAUGGCAGCUGGCAAAGUUCAAGUUCUCAUGUUUAGAUAUCCCUCACAGUUGGCCUCUUUUGGUUCAGUUUUUGGAAAAGUAUAAACCACAAGUAACAAGCAAAGCAGUAGCAUGGAAUUGUCCUCCUAAUGGUUGGUAUAAGUGUAAUACAGAUGGGGCAUACAAGAGCAACACAGGUACUUUCCACAUAACAAAUUAUCAGGAACUCCCAUCAGUGGCUAAAGGAAUUCUAAAUGCUGAUAAACAUAAUAUGCCUAGCUUUAGAUUCAAGAAACAGCAUGUUAGAGAACCAGACUGA